CCAUUAAUGGCUACGUUUCCUGUUCCCUUACAUCAAUUGAGUCAAUUGUUUACAAUUAUUCCAGUGGUUAGUUAGUCUUUGGUUCUCGUCCUUGAUCGUCGUCCCCACUUUGUCCUCUGUUUGUGUCUCUUUCUCCUUGUCACCAAUCGUAAUCAAUGGAUCCUGAUAAUCCAGUCGCAGUCGAUCAACUCACAUGUAUUGUUAGUCUUUCCGACGAAAAACCGCCUUUGCAACCAGAUCUUAAUUAUUCAGCAAAUGCGCUUGAAAUGAAAGAAUCUUUGACGUAUUUCGAAUACUGCAGACUCAAAUUCGACGAGGAUUUCGGCUAUGCCAGUCCGAAUCACGUCACUUAUCAGGAUGUCACAACCAAUGUCUCUGAAAACGGACUAGAACCCAAAGAGAAACCUCGGUACAGAAUCAGUACAGCCAAUGAAGAUUUUCAACUCUGUCCAAGUUAUCCUCGUUUUUUAAUCGUUCCCGCUGAGAUAAGUGACGACGAACUCAAGAUUGUGGCCAAUUUCCGCUAUCAAUAUCGACUGCCUGUCAUCACUUGGAGAUAUUACAAAAACGGAUGUGUUAUUGCGAGAAGUAGUCAACCUUAUGUAGGCCUAUGGGGUUCACGCUCUGAUACCGAUGAGAAACUUAUUCACCUGAUUGCCACUAGUUCAAUGGUUCUGAGUAGAGCGAAACACAAACCCACGCCCAUUGAGCAAGAUGAAAAAUCAGAUGAACAAGUCAACCAAGUAAUCAAACAAGAGACUAAUGAAGACAAAAAUGAAUCCAAUCUAUCAAAGAAUGAGAUUGACCCUAUACAAAAACACAUGAUGGUUGUUGAUUGUCGGUCUUACACUGUGGCCAUGGUCAAUCGAGCCAAAGGGGGUGGUUGUGAGUGCACCGAAUAUUAUCCCUAUUGUGACAUUCAAUUCAUGGGACUAGCAAAUAUCCACAGUAUUAGAAAAAGCUUUGACUCUUUACGUUAUCUUCAAAAUUGUGAUAUGUAUUCAGACGCUUGGGAGAGUCUCGUGAGUAGCUCCAAGUGGCUUCAUUACAUUUCUUGUCUACUUAAAUCAGCUGUCACCAUUUCAGAAGCCAUUGAAGAUGACCGUUCAUGUUUGGUCCAUUGUUCAGAUGGAUGGGAUCGGACACCUCAACUUGUGUCUCUCGUUCAACUCAUGCUUGAUCCUUAUUAUCGUACUUAUGAUGGUUUCAGAGUUUUGGUUGAAAAAGAAUGGAUCGAGUUUGGCCACAAGUUCGCCGACAGGCACGGGGUCAUGCCAGAAGACGAUAAUUCUUAUGAAAAAUGUCCAAUCUUCCAACAGUGGCUUGACUGUGUUUACCAAAUAGUUCUCCAACAUAGUGAAGCAUUUGAAUUCAAUGUUGUUUAUCUCCAAUCGAUAUUGUAUCAUUCAUACUCAUCUCUUUUUGGAACCUUCAUCGGUAACAGUUUAAACCAUAAGACACAAAAAAACAUUUUUACACAAACUUCUAGUCUCUGGCCUUUCCUCGAAAAUGAGAAGCAUUGUUACAUCAACGAUAACUACGUACCAAAAACCGGAAACAACAAUAUUGUGACUCCCUCAUCAGAGGUGGAAGAUUUGCGGCUUUGGGUCGAAGUCUAUCGUCCAUCGAGCAAUGAUAUGAUCAGUCUUAGCGACAUUCAAUCAUCCAAAAUAUAAUUUUUCAUCCAAUUUUAAUCAUUUGAAAUCGACGAGCAAAUUAAUGGCUGAAUGGAUUGGCUGCAAAUGCCUUGAUAUCAUUUUCGUUAAUCGUUAAUAUUUUUCCAUGGGAUCUUCAACAGAUGAGCUUUGGAUUACCAAGAGUCUCCUGGAAACGAAAUUUCUUUCAUUUCUGUUGUCCGGGAAGGGUCAAAUUUCUGUUAAAUGUUCUCACGCAAUUGAGACCAGUUGAUCUUCUCUUAUUUAUCAAGCUUUUGGUUAAUCAUUGAUGUCCAUCAAUUAGUCAACUUUAUCUAACUCUAUUCACUUAACCUUUUAUUUUCACACUCACAUAAACUCUUCGUUAUCACAUAAUCAUUGAACUUUUUUCUCUACCUUCCCUUUGACUGUGAUUUUUGUAUAAACUUAUCGUAGAUGCAAACCUUAAAUUGAGUUUUUAAUUCGAAUCAUCAUUUGUUAUCUGGAGCAAUUGUCUCUUGAACUCUCACCUUUUUAUCAUAUUCAACCUUCCAUUCCUAUGUAACCUGUUUCAUAAGCUUUAGUUGGUUUGUUAUAUUUUAUGCUUCCACUAAGAAAUAAAUUGAUCAUGAAAAGAUUUGAAUACAA